AUGGCUGAGAUCAGAUCCCUCGUCCUUUUGGCCCUCUUGGCCUCAUCGCAUGGCGUUUUCGGGGCUGCUCUGGCACCGGAAAAGCGUCAGGGGCAGGUCUUUGGGACCGCUACCGUCAACCUGGCCGAGCCGUCCGGCACUCCAGCCCAUUUGGCGUCCGGCUUUAUCUAUGGUCUGCCCGACAACACGGAUGGCACAGCAAAUAAGGAUAUUCCUGACCGAUUCAUCGAUGGCAUGGGCUUCAAUUACUGCCGUGCCGGCGGUGCUCAGCUGCCUGACGGGUCCCUAGGCUGGGCAUCCGGGCAAUACGAGCCACGAUGGCUCUCGACCCUUUCAAACUACCGCACGACUCGUCGCCACGGCGGCCGGUUCUCCCUGCUGAUGCACGAUCUCUGGGGCGCCGACAGUCUCCAGGGUGGCUCGUUCUCCUGGCCGGGCGACAACGGCAACUGGACCAGCUACGACGCCUUCCUCGACCAAGUCUUCAGCGACCUCAGAGCCAACGAAGCCCUGGAGGGUCUCGACAUUGACAUCUGGAACGAGCCGGACCUGCAGUCCUUCUGGGGCUCAACGCAGGACCAGUACCUCGCAACCUGGGCGCGCACCUAUGCCCGGAUCAGAAAAGACCUCCCCGAGGUGCUCAUCACGGGCCCGUCGACCAGCGAGCCGGCCACCGCGGGAAGCGCCUGGUGGCAAAGGUUCACCGCUUUCAUCGCCGCCAACGACGUUGUGCCAGACAUUUACUCGUGGCAUCUCCUCCGCACGAACCGCAACCUGCGCGAGUCGACCGACGAGUGGAACACACUCCGACAGGGGAGCAGCCUCCCCGCGCGACCCAUUGUCAUCAACGAGUAUGCCUCGAACAACGGCGACGAGCAGUCGCCCGCCGGCGGCGUCUUUUAUAUCGCGCAGCUCGAGAGGCACAACACGCACGGCCUCCGCGCGAACUGGGGCUCCGCGUCGAAGCUGCAUGAUCUGCUCGCGAAUCUCCUCGGCAAGAGGCCGUCGGGAGAGUACUUUCCCGUGGGGGAGUGGCACGUCUACGACUACUACGUCCACCAGAUGACAGGCCAACGGGCGGCCACGAAGCCAUCGACCGACGAGGCAUUUGAAGUCUACGGCACCCAUGCGGGGACUGUUGGUUCCGUCAAGGUCCUGGCGGCUGUGAGGCCUGUCGCUGGGCGCAGGACGUACCAUGUUACGAUCACUGGUCUGUCUUCUGUUGGUUUCGCCGGGGACCGCGUCAAGAUUCGGACGAGGAGGUUCGAUGGACCUACCAUCUUUGACGAGAUUCAAGGGUCGGUCGACCUCGGCGUGUGGGAACACGAUGUUGUUUCCGAUUCGGUCACGUUUUGGGUCUUGCCGGAGGCUGUCACGACGGCAUAUGCCUUUGAGCUCGUGCAGUAG